GAGAGGCAGAGCAAGCGAGCGAGCUGCUGCACAGUGACAUCACGGUUACAGAGAGAGCUUAGCUCUGCUCGGGCUCGGCUCAGCUCAGCUCAGCUGCAGAGAGAGAGAGACAGAGAAACAAGAAACGCAGCGGCGAGCCAAGAUGAUGCUCGCGUACAUGGACCACGCCGCCGCGGCCGCGGAGCCGGACGCCGGCGCCGAGCCGGCGGUGGCCGCGGUCGACGCGGCCGAGUUCGCGGCGGCGAUGGACUUCGGCGGCCUGGUGAGCGCCCGCCCCGCCGCCGUCGUCCGCCCGGCGAGCUCGGACGACGUGGCCAGCGCCAUCCGCGCGGCGGCGCGCACCGCGCACCUGACCGUGGCCGCCCGCGGAAACGGCCACUCGGUGGCCGGGCAGGCCAUGGCCCGCGGCGGCCUCGUCCUCGACAUGCGCGCCCUCCCUCGCCGCAUGCAGCUCGUCGUCGCCCCGUCCGGCGAGAAGUUCGCCGACGUCCCGGGCGGCGCGCUCUGGGAGGAGGUGCUCCACUGGGCAGUGUCGAAGCACGGCCUCGCCCCCGCCUCCUGGACGGACUACCUCCGCCUCACCGUCGGCGGCACGCUCUCCAACGGCGGCGUGAGCGGGCAAUCCUUCCGGUACGGGCCCCAGGUGUCCAACGUCGCCCAGCUCGAGGUGGUGACCGGCGACGGCGAGUGCCAUGUCUGCUCCCGCUCCGCCGACCCCGACCUCUUCUUCGCCGUCCUCGGCGGCCUCGGCCAGUUCGGCGUCAUCACCCGCGCCCGCAUCCCUCUCUCCCCCGCGCCCCAAACGGUGCGGUGGACGCGGGUGGUGUACGCGAGCUUCGCGGACUACGCGGCGGACGCGGAGUGGCUGGUGACGCGGCCGCCGCACGAGGCGUUCGACUACGUGGAGGGAUUCGCGUUCGUGCGGAGCGACGACCCGGUCAACGGCUGGCCAACGGUGCCCAUCCCGGACGGCGCUCACUUCGACGCCUCCCUCCUCCCGGCCAACGCCGGCCCGGUGCUCUACUGCCUCGAGGUCGCCCUGUACCAACGCGGCGGCGGCGGAGACGGCGGUGGCGACGACAUGGACAAGAGGGUGGGGGAGAUGAUGCGGCAGCUCAAGUACGUGCGGGGCCUGGAGUUCGCGGCGGGGGUCGGGUACGUGGACUUCCUCUCGCGCGUGAACCGGGUGGAGGACGAGGCCCGCCGCAACGGGAGCUGGGCCGCGCCGCACCCGUGGCUCAACCUCUUCAUCUCCUCACGCGACAUCGCCGCCUUCGACCGCGCCGUCCUCAACGGCAUGCUCGCCGACGGCGUCGACGGGCCCAUGCUCAUCUACCCCAUGCUCAAGUCCAAGUGGGACCCGGCCACGUCGGUGGCGCUGCCGAAUGGCGAGAUCUUCUACCUGGUGGCGCUGCUCCGAUUCUGCCGGCCCUACCCCGGUGGUGGCCCGCCGGUGGACGAGCUGGUGGCGCAGAACAACGCAAUCAUUGACGCCUGCCGGUCCAACGGCUACGACUACAAGAUAUACUUCCCGAGCUACCACGCCCAGUCCGACUGGUCGCGCCACUUCGGCGCCAAGUGGAGCCGCUUCGUCGACCGCAAGGCACGCUACGACCCGCUCGCCAUCCUCGCCCCCGGCCAGAACAUCUUCGCCCGGACCCCCUCCUCCGUCGCCGCCGCCGCCGCCGUGAUCGUGUAAGAGACGGAUGAUCGACGAUGGUGAUUAUGCUGUUUGCUGGGUUAAUUCUGGAUGAUGGCGACGAUGAGGAUGAUGGUGAUGAUGGGGAUGAAGAGGAGGGAUCGGGACGAGCACAAUGAUGAUGGUGAUGAUGAUAGGGUCAUUGUUAGGUACAUUUGGGAGGGGUGCAAAAGAGGGAGGUUUCGGUUCGAUGGGAUGGACGACGUGUCAAGGGCAGUAGGGCCGGCGGCUGUGGCUCGGCUCUGCAGCAGGAGUUGCAAAAGGGAAAACGAAAGAUGUAAACGUUUUCCUGCUUUGAUUCUUUUUCUUCUCAUUCCCCCUGGUGAGAUUGGGACGCCUUUCGACGGUGACACA